CAUGUGCCAUGGUCACGCGCAUUGAAUGAGGAAGUCAUCCCCUGUAGAAAGAGUCUUUGAAGAUAAGAAUGGCAGCUGUGUCCACAGAGAAAAGUGAUGCCAGAGGAGAUGACAUCCUGAAGUUGCAGUUUGCCCCUUUUAGCAGUGCCUUGGAUGCAGGCUUCUGGCAUGAACUAACCCAGAAAAAACUCAAUGACUAUGGACUGGAUGAGAGUCCAAAAAGUAUUAAAGGACACUACUUCAAUGGGGAUCCUUCUGGACUGCCCACCCGACUAUCUUUGGAAUUCAAUGCAUUUGAUGUAGAUGGCCCAACUCCAGCACGCUGCUGCCCAGCAAUUGGUACUCUGUACAACACAAACACUUUGGAAUCCUUUAAGACUUGUGAUAAGAAAGCACUGUUGGAGAAAGCAGCACAAGAGAUUUGGGACGCGAUACAGUCUGGUAUUGUGCUUGAAACACCUUCCCUUUUAAACAAAUUUCUACUUCUGACUUUUGCAGAUUUAAAGAAGUAUCGUUUCUAUUACUGGUUUUGUUUUCCGGCCUUGUGCUUUUCGGAAGGGAUUCACAUGGUUCAACAGCCCGUUAUCCUUGAAGAAAAGUUCUCUUCAGGACAGAUUAAAAAAUUACAAGAAGCCUACGAGGAUCUUUGCCAUACGAAUGGAGCUGCUGCACUUCCAUACUUCCUAAUAAAGUUUAUGGAUGAUUCAGUUUCACUGUCUCCUCUAGGAAAGUGGAAUGACUUCUUCAAAGAUCAAAAAAAGGUAACAGUUGGUGUCUAUGAUCCUUGCACCUUGUCCCAGUAUCCUGGAUGGCCCUUGAGGAACCUCCUCAUUCUUGUGGCCUGCAAAUGGGGUGAUGAUCUUGAUUCAAUUGAAGUACUCUGCUUCAGAGACAGGACCAUGCAAGGAGUGAGAACUACUAAGCACAGCAUCUUCUUUGAAUUAAAGCUCCCCAAGCUAACUGCCGGCUCAGAGUGCCCAAAAAGUGUUGGUUGGGAGAAAAACCAAAAGGGAAGCAUGGGACCAAGAAUGGUGAAUCUCAGUGAAUGCAUGGAUCCUAAAAGACUGGCAGAGUCAUCAGUUGAUUUAAACCUGAAACUGAUGCGGUGGAGAUUGGUUCCUUCUCUUGACCUGGAGAAAGUUGUUUCAAUCAAAUGUCUUCUUCUUGGAGCGGGCACCCUGGGCUGCAAUGUUGCAAGGACCUUGAUGGGUUGGGGGGUAAGACACAUCACUUUCGUGGACAACGCAAAGAUCUCUUACUCAAAUCCAGUGCGUCAGCCUCUGUAUGAAUUUGAAGAUUGCCUAAGUGGUGGAAAAUCUAAAGCUCUUGCAGCAGUGGAAAGAUUAAAUAAAAUCUUCCCUGGAGUGAAUGCAGAGGGUUUUAACAUGAGUAUUCCCAUGCCUGGUCACCCAGUGAAUUUCUCAGAGGUAACGAUGGACCAAGCUUGCAAGGAUGUAGAACAACUCGAGAAACUCAUCUCUUCUCAUGACGUUGUUUUCCUGCUAAUGGACACUCGAGAGAGUCGAUGGCUUCCCACUGUCAUCGCAGCCAGCCAGCAGAAGCUGAUUAUUAAUGCAGCCCUCGGGUUUGAUACCUUUGUUGUUAUGAGGCAUGGCCUUAAAAAGUCUAAAGAGCAAGAAUGGAGUGGCUCGGCUGGUGCUGCUGGCUCCUGCAGUGCAGUAUCUGCGCCAGGGACCUCGCUCUUUUCCAACAUCCCUGGACACAAGCUGGGCUGCUAUUUCUGCAAUGAUGUGGUGGCACCUGGGGAUUCAACCAGAGACCGCACUUUGGACCAACAGUGCACUGUGAGCCGACCAGGUUUAGCCAUGAUUGCUGGCGCUCUUGCGGUGGAGUUGAUGGUGUCUAUAUUGCAGCAUUCAGAGGGAGGUUAUGCAGUAGCUAGCAGCAGUGAUGACAGAAUGAACGAACCUCCAACCUCUCUGGGGCUGGUUCCUCAUCAGAUCAGAGGAUUUUUGUCAAGAUUUGACAACGUGCUCCCUGCCAGUUUGGCUUUUGACAAGUGCACAGCUUGCUCACCUAUAGUUCUUGAUCAUUAUGAAAGAGAAGGGUUCCAGUUCCUGGCAAAGGUGUUUAACUCGUCGCAUUCCUUUUUGGAGGACCUGACCGGGCUGACGCUGCUUCACCAGGAGACUCAAGCAGCAGAGAUCUGGGAUAUGAGCGACGAUGAAAGCAUCUGAGGUAGAGGAUGACGUCAGUAAGGUGGAGCUGUACUGUGUUCUUCAUCCCUGUUUAGCAACAUACAAAACCAAGAUAUUGACCGGGCAUAAGCAGCACCACUUGAACUGCCAUCGAAAUCUCAUUGCAGCUCUGUAGUUUCCAUUUUUCAAUUGCUGUCUUAUUUUGACUCUGAUUUACUAAGCAAUACAAAACUGGGAAACACCUCAAAAGCAGAUGGGAGUUUGCCAUUUAUUUCUAGUCUUGAAACAGUUUGUGUUUACCUUUCGGAAAGUCACCAAAGCUUUCAUUUAAUGGGCAUACCGUGUUUCUUUUAUAAAUGCGCACGUAAAAGCCGUUAAGGGUGGGUUCAUCUCAGGUGACAUGAAUGUGAUGCCAAGACAUUUGUCUAUUUUUGUUUUACUUCAAAUGAAUUACGUUAGCAUCCUGGAGAUAGACAGUCCUUCCACUUAAUUAACACCUGGUAUCUGAUGUCAACCCGCUUUCAACAGUCAGGACGUUGUAAAAAACACAGCUGUUGGAAUGUGUAAGUGUGGUACUGUGAGCGGAACCUAUAGGUCUUUCACCCUUUAAUUUACAAUGGUGCAUGAAGUUGUUUUUUUGGAACAGAUUAAAAAGGUUAAACGUAAACAACUAUUGAAGUGACUUUAAAAACAUGGUAAUAAAGCAAUAAAAGAACAUGUAUAAAUGUAGAUAUUUGUCUAAAAAGAGAGAUGUUUUCUUCCUCGUACAGUCUACAAUAUUACAUUUUUUUUAUCAGUUUUGUAAUACAUCAUUUUUUUCUGUUUUCUUUGUUGGAUGGAAACUUUAUUUUUUGCUUUGCUUCUCAUUAUUUACUUUCGAUGAAUUAAAUGCAAAAUGUUAAACUAAGUUUGUGGCAGUGAGCAUGUAGAGUACAAGUAUGCUUUCAAAAGUAGAAUAAAACAUUCUUAAUAAUUUCUAUAUUAGAACUGUACUGUUUUAAUGUGUUCCAUUGCUAGUAUUAUGCUUAAUUGUGUACCUUUUUCCAGGCAUCAACAGCUUGUCUGUCUUUUGGGUCAAAAAUAAAAGUUGCAAAACAUAUACUAAUAAAAAAAUGCAUAACCAUUCCACUUUUUUAUGAGGAUGUUUUUAAACACACUGCCAUUUAAAUAUGAAUCUUUCUGUCAAAUAAUGCUUCAUGCAGCAGGGACUGUAGGAGUUACCACAUCCUCAGGAAGCUUUGACCCAGACAAUGAAGGAAAUGUGUUUCCUUAGCAGCAGGAGAGUAAGCUUACUCUAACCAUGCAAAUUCAUGUAGUUUUCAAGAUGAAUAAGUCAGACAUGACAUUUGGUUGUUUUCUGCUUGUAGGUGCAUGGCUGCUCCAAAUAAGUAAUGAAUCUCAGUAAUGGAGUGGUUAACUUGUUAAUGGGGUUGUUUCUGAGCCAAACUCCAAAUAUGUGAAAUUCCAGUUUGGAGGAAAUAAAGUUUGACAUUGUGAACAAAAAUAAAAGUAUCCCCACAUGCUUAUUUAAUGGGGAAUGCCAUGCCUGAUCAAACAUGAAGAAAAAUCAACAGGUGAAAAAGAUUUGUAUCAUUGGUAUGUCCAGAUGUUGAAACAGUGUGGCAGUGAAAUGGUUAACGUCUACUAGAUACUACCUUAAAUGGAACCUCAGUGACAGAAUCAAAUAUAACUUGCACAGAAAACAUUCCAAAGAGUUUUGUGAGUAGGGCCUAGUAACUCAUGUACUGUCUGUACAGCAGAAACUUAGUCACAUGACCACGUUGUGACAUCUGUAUUAGGCCAAUGUCAUGGUUAUCAAUUAUUUUUUCUUGAAAAAACAUACAAAUUAUCAUCGCAGACAACUAAAAGUUCAUGAUUUAUUUUCUGGCACAGCGUGUACCACCCUCAAGAAUGAUGAUGCAAUACAGUUGCAACAGUAUAGUAAAAGCUUGCAGAUGGCAUUUAUUAUGGGAAUUAGAGGGAGAAAAUGUAGCUUAUGUUUUUGGGGUUUUUUUUGGGUGUACUGCUAAGGAAGGAACUUUGGCAGCUUUGACCCUUUCCCAAGUUAAGCUGAAGCCAGGUAAGAAACUGUUGAUUUGAAGACUGUGAUCAUCUCCAGCCUGGUACAAUAUCCAGUUUGCUCUUAUCUUGUCAUGUGAGCAAAUCUGAUUGGUUGACGGUGACGAAACUGGCAUACUGGUUGUCUUGUUACUUGGUUCAAUAAUAUGACAAACACAGAAAUAUACAAAUAACACAAAAUUGUGGUUUAAGAGCACUUUAUUGUUCAUUGAGGCUACUUUUAAGUACAAAAAAGGUGGCCUGCCAAAACCUUUUUAUUCAGGAGAAACAAGGCCACAAAAGGAGGGAUAUAAUACAGAAUUACAGUUUCCGAUAUUUAGAAGUACACUGUAGAUGCUCCUUCCAUGUGAACACAAUUCUAAACGGUUUGGGGUUUCAGUUUACAUUUUUCCAAAAAGCACACAUGCCUGGCUGUGCAGUUCAGUUAUUUAAAUAAAAGUAUAAUUAAUCCCAGACAGACCAGGUAAGUGUGGUGAUCUCAGUGUGACAGUUACCUAUCUCAGACAGGUAAACCUGAAAAUGUGUGGAUAUUUUUGUUCAAUUAUCUCAUACACAAGAGGCAACUGUCCACAGAACAGCAUCUUCAGUGUUUAAUAUUCUACUGUUACAAUGCUCAGUAGCCUUUAGCAAUAAUAAACUAGGGGCUAUUAAUGCUAAUGCAGUGUUCUCAUAGAAUAACUGUGUUCCUGCACUUUUUUUAAACCUUAUUACAGACUAAUCUAAAAAAAAAAAAAAAAAAAAAGAUCAACUUUUUUUCUCCAAACAAAAAACAAACCUGCAUGAUUACAAUAAAAAGGACAGGGAAAAAUUAAAUAGCUACAUAUCAUUAACAAAUUAAUUGUUCCUCAAAAAAUACCUACGGAUUUUUUUCUGUACAUUCUUUACGCGCAGCGUAAUGAUGGUCUUAAAGUUACUAUAUAAAAAAAGUGUAUAUUUUUAUUAUUUAGUGAUUUUCCUACAGGGAGUAGGAUACUGAGUGCCAAAGCAGAAAAGAAUAUGAAAUACCAAAUAAAAUGGUAGUGAAAUGUAUAUGUGAUUCGCUUUCCCAGUAUAGAACAAUUUCCAAUGGUAGAAACCUGUGGGUCAAGCUCAUGUUGUGUCUUUUUUUUCUUCAAGAUGUUUGUUUGAAUUUACAGUAUCAAAGUAUUUUGCAUUGUACCUUAGAAUAAAUGUAAAGACUAUACUGUAUAUCAAUUAUUUUAUAGCUGUCUCACAACUAGAUACCUUUAUUACUAUUUUUUUUUUAACAAAAUCUGAUUUAGUGCUUUACAAGGUAACUGUUUAAAAGUCCAAAAAUAAACCGAAUUGGGAUGACGGAAUGCAUGGGCGUAUGUAUGACUUCUAGAAAAGACACAAAUGUAAGAAGAUAAGUCGUUCAGUAAAAGCACAGCUGUGUUAUUUAUGACUGCCUCUAUCAUCCUAAUUUCUAGUUAGUAGCUAUCAGUACAGCACAAAUAAUAUAAAGUAAUGGAAUACCUGUACAAUGUUCUCUAACGGAGGAAUGUAUGCUGCCUUGGCACAGGUCGAUAAGUUUAAAAAAAAAUCAAAAUAAUAAUUUCACGAGCUGUAAAAAAUCUGUUACACAGCCCAGAUGUUUGUAAGGUAGAAGUUUGAGCUUUUAAAACAGUUUGAUUGCACAGACAUGUUUUUAGGGAGUAUGUCCUCUUGUAGUCAGACUGGGCUGCCGUUGUUAAGAAUUACCUUUUUUUAUUCAGUCAUGCACAAAGCUAUAUCAUCCUGUACCACGGAUUAACAUUGUAUAGCUCUAACUGUUUAUAUAGAAUGCCUGUCCGGAGGCUGUCCUCUGUUGCUGGUUUUUACCAUAAUGAAUAUAAAAUAAAAAAUAUUGGAGUACAACUGUACCAGCAGUAAGUUUAUCUAGAACCAUUACUGACAAACUAAUCUGAAAGAAAGCUAAUAGUAUUAAGAUUCAUAAUGUCUAUACAUUAAUAGAUACCAGCUAUUUAAAACAUGCAUCUUUUAGCACUACAAACCUCAGCUCUAUUCUAGCAAACUGCAUUGUUUAGCACACAAGUAGAAAAAAAAAAAAAAAAUGCCCAUGUUUUGAAAAUAAUGCAGUCCAGUUGUAAGCACCAAGCAUAUAAACUAGUCCAAAGACAGAGAGAUAGAAAGGUCUGUAACCUGUAUGAGACUUUCCCUUGCAAAAGCUAGUUUUGCUUUCGUGUAGAACGAUGCAGCAUCACCUAACCAUUAUUGUCAGCAGUUUGCCCUCAAAAUACAAAGAAAACAAGUAUAUCUGAUGUGAAUUUGACAAACAACCCCUACCCAUCUUCCAAUAGUGCAAAUCAGACCUGGCCACUCUUUUCAAGUAAAAACAUACAACAUUAUAUAACAGAAGAAAA